UGUGUCUUGAUUGGAGGAGUGCAUACGUCACAAGGAUUUUGCAAUCGCUCCACGCAAUAUGAACUGAAUGGCCUCUGCUGUGAUCAAUGUUCUUCUGGACACUUUCGAUCCGCCUGGUGCACCGCGGACUCGCCGACUGGCUGCCAGCCGUGCCCUGAGGGCACCUACAACUCGGAGUACAACAUCUACCCCAGAUGCGAAUACUGCACUCGCUGCAUUCCAGCGUUUCGCCAGGUGAAGAAAGAGGGCUGCACACGUACUCGGAACGCAAGGUGUGGCUGUGAGAAGGACGAGAACAUCUCGAAAUUUGCAAAGCAGGGCACCUUGUUCUGGUGCUGUCCAAAAUGCCCAGCGGGCAUGGAGACUCUGAACGAAUGUUCCUUUACGGAUUUCGUCACCACGUGCAGCCCCUGUCCUCCAGGCACGUUUAGUGACCAUCCCGGGUCCCGCUGCCGAAACUGCACACGCUGUGAACGAGAGCUGUCUCCGUGUACGAACGCCAGCGACGCCGUCUGCAGCGGUUCCUCAAAGGUCACCAAGUGCACCGAAUGUCCUCCAGGCACGUUUCGUGACCGUCCCGGGUCCCCCUGCAAAAAUUGCACACGCUGUGAACGAGAGCUGUCUCCGUGUACGAACGCCAGCGACGCCGUCUGCAGCGGCCCAGAUGUAUCUGCAAAUGGCAAAGCACAUGCAGCGAUAGCUGCAGGAGCAGCAGUGAGUCUCUCCCUCUGGGUUGCUGUGCUGAUGGUGCUGAUGUUGCUCCAUUCCCGUCGUGCUUCCGUUCAACACAAGGAUGCCCCUCUGAGCGACGUCAGUGCCAUGGAUAAUUUUUCCACCCAAGGCUCCUUAGCAACCCUGCAACGCCCAGACGAAGUUCAGUCAAUGCUGAAUGCUUGCAAUGACAUCGAAUGAAUCGUCGUGUGAGUGUGUGUACAGUGGAAAUGAAUCUGAGACAAACGGAUAUCAGCCCUGUUGUCAGACCCCUCCUAGUCUUUAUAACGGCCUCAAUACCUGAGGCCUGUUAAGAGGCGUGAACACUGAGAUACAUCUGGCUUCAUGAUAGAGCUUCUCUACAGUUCUUGUAAGGUUAUCAUCAGCUAACACAAUAUGCAUUAGCAUUGUUGUGGAGAAUAUAAGUAACAAAUAGAUAAGUACACGAAAUAAUAUCCUUUACAAUUUUUUUCCCUGCAGAUAAAUACGUGAGCAUUUUUGUUUAUAUGUCCUAUCAGCCACACGGCCUUCUGGGUUUGCUUAACUUCAGCAGCAUUGGUUCAAUACGAGACAACUCUGGACAGGGUUUUUGACUUUCAACUUGGACAGGCUCAUUGGGUCAAGUUCACCUUCAACACACACACAACACACACGCGCGCAUAACCCAGUCCAUUACCUGCAUCUGUGAGCCAAGACAUCGGCGAUCGUGACCUUCCUUCCAUUUAGCUCUGCCCAUGACAUUUAUACUCAAGAACUCCCAGAUGCAUUCAAAAUUAUUCACAUAUCUUGCGCAACGUUCCCGGAUGCCUUCCACGGCUUCUUUGUGGUGCCUGUAACGUCCCCAGUCAAAAUAUGUCUUCGUUUUUUUAAUUAAAUGUCCAUGAAAUCGAACGUUCCUUU